GUAUGGCAGAGGGGGCGUGGCCCGGCCCGGCCCGGCUCAGCGGUGCAGCUUUCGGUUCAUUGCUUGAGGCGGCGCAUCGUCGUGCGUCUCGGCUCCUCUCCGGCACCGCCAUAUCAUGCUCGACCUAAGGGAGCAGACGGCGAUCAUCAUAGAUCACCUGCUGGACCCGGAUUUCUGGAGUUGCUUGCUGGAGGCGGACUGCGACAGCCCAGAUCCUAUUUCGGAGGAAGAGAAGAUUUUGAAGGUAGCUCAGUGUCUGCGGGCGUUCGGAGAUCAAUACAAUGACAUGAUUCAGGAACAAAUGAAGGAAUUUAAACCCCGGUUAACUGAGCUGAAAAAUAACCAGGCUUCCGAAGGGUUUUCGAGAAUGGUGACUGAACUGAGCAACAGCCGUGUGCUGUGCACACAUGCAGAACAGUUGGGUCCUGAGAUGAAUGUGCUGAGAACUACUGUCAUUCUGGGAAUGUACAUUUCUAAGGAAGUGCCUGAACUACUUCCCAGAAUCAAGGAUGCAAUGGUGAAUUAUAUCAAUACGAACCUACUGACCUGGAUUCGACAGUCAGGAGGAUGGGAGAACCUCUUAUGACUUUUGGCCACACAUUCUUUGAAGGUGGAAGAAAGCUCAAGAUUGGUGAAAACAGUGCAUAAAAAACACAUUCCAAAUACAUUUUGCAGAGCCGGAGAACAUUCCACAUCCCACGUAGUUUCCCCCCCUGCAGUAUAUCAGACUGUUCCUCUAAGUAACUUGGUGCUUGCCAGUUAUUUAUCAAUCCUCUUGUGAUCCUACAUACAAUGGUAGCAAGAGAAUGAAGAUUGAGGAAUUUGCCCAAUUCAAAACUCAUUCAUCUUAAUUUUAUGGAGUAAUAAUUGUUUGAUGUACGCAAGAGGUGGAGUAAAAAUCAAACCAGCUGCUAAAAUGUAAUUACUGAUGGUAGGAAAACAAAUAACUUUUAGUUUCUAUUCUCCUGGAGCUGAGGAACAUUCACUUAGCACAUUCAUGUUUGAACCAGUUGCCCAAAUCUGGUAUCGUCAAUGGGCUUCCAAUCUGUUUCCAAAUUUUAAAAUGCAGAUUUAGAAUAAAAGCUUUAGGGUAUAUUCAGAGUUAGUUGAUCAAAAUAAUUAGUCCAGGUUUCCUUUGGACAUCAGAUAAUAGGAAAUUUCCAAUAACUGUUUGAUUUUGGUUAAUCAAAAAUCAAUAUCCAAGUCAAACACUUUUUUUGAAUAUUGCAGUUCUAAGAACCAGUCAUCAAGAGUAAAACCAUGAUGGGAUUAAAUUUCAAUUGCUGUUUUUCAUAAAUAACUUGCUGUUGGUGCUGGGAAUAAACAGCAAGAUGGGUGACAUCCAUUGAAACAUUAAGGUUGAACAGUAGUUUUAAUUAACUAAUAGCUGUUUUGAACCCCAGAAACACCAUCUGAAUUGUUGAAUGCCAAAGCCCCCUGUCCCACUUUUACGACCUAAUUCACGACCUUUGUUACUAGUUGAUCCUGACCUACGAUGCCACGCGUACCUACGACUCUAUCUACGACCUCACUGUGAGUACGAGUCAAGGGCAAACUCGGCAGAGGUUGUGAAUUAGGUCGUGAAAGUGGGACAGGGUCUUAAGACUCUCCAAUUAUUUUUAUAUGGUCUAUGCGUUAACAAAUAUUUCACCUUGCAUCCCAUAGUUCUGCAUAGCCUAAUUGACAUUCUGUGUCUGCUGAAUAUUGUUUAUAAUUUUUCACACUGGUGCUCCCCUGGUGCUAAUUACUUUAAAAUGCAAUAUUCUCUGGGUAUGUUGGCUAAAAACUUUAGAUGGGGAUUUGAAAGGGCAGCAUAGGCCAACCUUUCAAAUGAUUUUUUUCACAAACUCUGCUUAAUUGUUUCUUAAUAUCAGAUGUGACUGAAUCUUGGUAUACAUUUACUAUACCACAGACUCUCCAUAUAAUGUAGUCACUAGGGGCGCUGCACUGGCAGCAGCCUCUACCUACAGCCUGUCUGUUAUUUCUAUCUUUUUUUAUUUUUAGUUAAUCUAAAGUCUUGUGUUGGGGGAAACUUUAACUUUUCUAUGUGGGGGAGGGGGGCAGGGUAAUGGGAAAACGGGGGGCAGGGUAAGGGGGAAACCGUUUCCCAGUCACUUCCUGGCGGGGACGCGACGCGACUAUUUCUCCGAGUCGCGUCCUCCCCCCCCACCUCGCGGCCUACCAGCUGGAUCGGAGCGGCCUUUCCUGCCGGGGACCGGGAACCGGACCAGGGCUGCUACAGCGGCGGCGCAGCGCUGGAGUCACCACGGAGCGGGCGAUGCCUACCUGGGUCGCCGUUUGGAGCUCCGGAGCGUUGGGCCGCUGCUCCAACAUCGUGGAGCUCUGGUGCGGAGAGCUUCCAACGCGGGCGGCGCUGAACAACACCGUGGAGUCCUGGGGCGCCUUGCAGAGGGCCGCCAGCAGCAGUCUCCACCCGGCGCGGCCUGCGGACUUUGGAAGCCGCCGACUCCGGUAGGAGGGGGCCGACUCUGGUGUCCAUGCCGUUGAGGACGUCCCGCAGCCCCGACGUCGGACUUACAACACCCCAGCGAGCGGUCCUGGACAUCGGGCCGCCCGUAGCGGCAACUGCGGAGGGCACGGGGAACAGUGGAGGAAGAGACUGACUUUGGUGCCUUCCCACACAGUGGGAAACUUUGAUUCUGCUGUGUGGGGAUGUUUUAUGUCAAACCCUAUAGUGUGUUGUGUCCCUUUUUUUUAUUGUAUGGCUGUAUGGGAAUUUCAUUUCACUGUGCCAUCUGGCACAUGUGAUGAAUAAAUCUAUCUUGUAUCUUGUAUGACAAACUCCAAAUACUGAAUUGAGAUAAGUUUAAGAAACCAAUGCGGUUUCAGCUUGGCUUCCUAUCACAAUUUUUUAGUUUUUACAAUGUUCUUGUCACAAUUCAGAAGCAUUCUACUUUUUUUGUAGGAUACAAAUGGGACAGAAUUAGUUGAAACAGUAGUUAUACAGUGCAGUAUUACUAGCCAUUCUGCACACAUUUCAGCACAACUGUUACUUUAGCAUUUUUAACACAAUUACAAUGAACCUUCAAACCAUUUGUAGAGAUCCGAUUCAGAAUGUACUGAAAUUAAAUUUUAUAUUGUGCAUAACUAUUGUUAGACUGAAAACUGGUAGCUUUAAUAAAAUGCAGCUAUAUUGU